GUUAUUACUUCCUGUCUCUGCAGCUCCCCCGAGUGGCAGUCGGUGCAGGGAGACGCGCCACACGCCAAGGCUGAGGACGGCGAGUUCUGGAUGUCGUACACCGACUUCCUGCGGCACUACUCCCGGAUCGAGGUGUGCACGCUGACCCCCGACGCCAUCGACAACGACUCCGUCAAACACUGGAGCGUCAGCAAGUUCGACGGCAUGUGGAGGAAAGGCUCCACCGCCGGGGGGUGCAGGAACCAUCCUUAUACGUUCUGGAUGAAUCCCCAGUUCGUGAUCAAGCUGGACGAGGAGGACGACGACCCCGAGGACGGAGAGGUGGGCUGCAGCUUCGUGGUCGGUCUGAUCCAGAAGAACCGCAGGAAGCUGCGGAAGGUCGGAGAGGACAUGCACACGGUCGGCUUCGCCAUCUACGAGGUUCCUAAACAGUUCCAUGGGCAGCGGGACGUGCACCUGGACAAGAACUACUUCCUGUCCCACGCCCAG